UAUUCGAAUGGGAGAGGAGAGAGGGGACUGUUCACUGUCUCUUACAUUCGGACCAGCAGGUAGCGGCGGACAAGGCCUCCCAUUCUCAGCUCCUCUGUUCAUUCUCCCCGCCGGUUAGAGAGGAGAAGUUGCAGUACCGGCGCAUCUGGUCUGACCUCGCCAAGUCUGGAAAAUAAUCGCCCUCACCCUGGACGAUAUUCACAAUUGAAGUCUCCUAUCUAAACCGGCUCUCAUAGACCGUUCUUCAACCUCAUUUCCACACUGAAACGGACUGAGAUUCCCCUGCAUCAUCAACCGAGUGCCGACCAGACAUUCGAACAAGCGGCAAGCCGGCGACCCCAUCUUCAAUAGUGACGACCGUUGAGCUGAGCAACUGGAUACCAUCUUCCAUCAACAGUGGCGACCCCAUCCUCAACAACGGUGAACAGCGAUGCCAUCUCAAUAGCGGUGAUUGGGCUCAGGCCUCAGGCUUUUAUGAGGGCUGGGCUUAGAAGCCUAAGAUCUAGGCCCAGUGGUUGGACUGGGUUCCGGCUCGAGCUUGAAGACCAGUUAUACCUAAAGAAUAGAAGAAAACUCUCUUUUUACAUGAGAUGGCAUCAGUGAAUGGAAAAGACUCAUCAGCCACUCUUGCAUUUAUGGAGCUUGCAAUACAGCAGGCCAAGCUUGCGAUGGAAAGCCUUGAAGUGCCUGUUGGCUGUGUGAUAGUUGAGGAUGGAAAGGUUGUUGCCUCAGGGAGGAACCGGACUACUGAGACGCGGAAUGCUACGAGACAUGCAGAGAUGGAAGCCAUUGAUGUUCUUCUUGAACAGUUGCAGAAACUUGGACUUUCUGAGGCAGAAGUUGCGGAGAAGUUUUCGGGAUUUGACUUUUAUGUUACAUGUGAACCAUGUAUUAUGUGUGCCAUGGCUUUAUCAAUCCUUGGAAUCAGGGAAGUAUAUUAUGGCUGUGCCAAUGAUAAAUUUGGUGGAUGUGGAUCAAUCUUAUCAAUACACUCAAGUGGCUCAGAGCACCUUUCCAGCUCCAAAGCCUCACCGACCAGUUCAGCUAUCUUAGUGAAGCUCCCACAUUUAAAUUAUUUCACUGAGCUAGGAUGUCAUGUUAUCUGUUCGUUUAUUUAUGUUCAUUCUCUCAAUUGUGGAUUAGUAUUCUAUCUUUUGAUAACUUUGGACCCAUUUACCAAUCAAUUAUCCAUGGUUCUAAUUCAAGAUAAUAAGAAAUAAAUUAAAGAUAAUAUUGCAUAUUAACGC